AUGGCAGCGGGGUCGCGGCCGGCGCGCGGGCAUUCCCGGAGGCGGCGGGCGGCCGGGAGGCCUGCGGAGCCCCGGAGCUCGACAGCCUCGCCCGCGGCGCAGGGGCGGCCGGGCAGCGCCACCGCCAUGUCGCUGGGCGCCGGGGAGUCGGCAUCGGAGACGGGGGAUGACAGUCUGUCCGCAAUUACCUUUGACUCUGACUUUGAGACGAAAGCAAAAAGGAAAAGUUUCCACAAACCUCCACCCCCAUCACCAAAGUCACCUUAUCACUCUAAGCCAAGAAAAGUGGCAUCCUGGAGAUCUCUGAGGACAGCAACGAGCAUACCUCUUAGCAACAGAAUGUCCUUGACCCCGCAGAAGCUGUGGCUGGGAAGCUCAAAGCAAGGAAGUCUGACCCAACCCCUGAAGUCAGACCUCACCUUGGAGCAUGCAUGGACCAACCCCCCCAGCAGCACUCCCGACUAUCUGACGGAAGCUUUAAGAAUGAAGAGGUCCAAUCUCAGGCGUUCUGCCAGCAAUGGUCAUGUUCCCGGGACCCCUGUCUACCGAGAGAAAGAAGACAUGUAUGAUGAGAUCAUCGAGUUGAAGAAGUCAUUACACAUGCAGAAAAGUGAUGUGGACCUAAUGAGAACAAAGCUUCGGCGCUUAGAAGAGGAAAACAGCAGAAAGGACCGGCAGAUAGAGCAGCUUUUGGAUCCAUCCCGAGGCCCGGAUUUUCUUCGGACUCUGGCAGAGAAAAGGCCUGAUACCAGCUGGGUCAUUAACGGGCUAAAGCAGAGGAUUCUCAAGCUGGAGCAGCAGUGCAAGGAGAAGGACAAUGCUAUCAACAAACUACAGACUGAUAUCAAGACCACUAACUUGGAAGAGAUGAGGAUUGCCAUGGAGACGUAUUACGAGGAGAUUCACCGUCUCCAGACUCUGUUGGCAAGUUCUGAAACUACAGGAAAGAAGCCUCCGGUGGAGAAGAAAAGUGGCCUUAAAAGGCAGAAGAAAAUGAGCAGUGCCCUCCUGAGCUUGUCCCGGAGCGUCCAGGAGCUCACGGAGGAGAACCAGAGCCUGAAGGAGGACCUGGACCGUGUGCUGAGCAGCUCCCCCACCAUCUCCAAAAUACAGGGUUACAUGGAGUGGAGUAAGCCCCGGCUGCUUCGACGGAUUGCAGAGCUGGAAAAAAAAAUGAGUUCAAUGGAAAGCCCACACUCACCCACUUCAGAAGUGGUCCAGGCGAGCCCCCUGGCCGACUCCUCGUCCAGCUCCUCCGUGCACCGGCAGCCGCGAUCCAACCGCCGCGAGGAGAGCGAGCGUCUUCGGGGGACCGUGAAAAGCCUGAAAGGCGAGCGGAAUGCCCUGCAAACCCAGCUGCAGGAGAAAGAUUUGGAAGUGAAGCAGCUACUUCAGACAAAGGCUGACUUGCAGAAGGAGCUGGAAAAUGUGAAGGAAGGUGAGAAGGAGAGAAGAGAAAGAGAGGAGGCUUUGAGAGAGGAAGUUCAGACACUUACCAAGAAGUUUCAAGAACUGGAAGAACUUAAGAAAGAAGAGACAAGUGACCCCAUGGAAAGGACUCCUGAGACCCGAGAAGAGCCCCGACCUUGCCAUGCCACCAGCAGUCCCUCUCAGCAGGACUCUGAGCCCGAUGCAAGUGAGGAGGGCUCCUCCCGGCCCCCCUCCACCGGAUCUGAGGGGAGAAGAGAUGCAGCCGCCAGGAUCCUGCAGACCCGGUGGAAGGUGUGCAGACACCAGAAAAAAAAGGCUGUUCUGGAUGAGGCGGCUGUUGUGCUUCAGGCAGCAUUCAGGGGACAUCUAGCGCGGGCAAAGCUCUUGUCAAGCAAACCACGUGGUUCUGAAUCUCCCAGCGUGCCAAGCCUUCCCAGCCAGAACUCUCCAUUACCCUGUGUUCUGAGCCCCAUCGUCCAGGCCGAGGGCGACCCAGGGCAAGAGGAGGCCAUUACUGUCAUCCAGUCUGUUUUCCGGGCACACCUGGCACGGGCCAGGCUCAGUGCUACCAGUCAAAGAGCUCCCACUGCAGCGUUGACUAAGAGGAGAUCUGCUUUGGCUGCACACCGUGAACCUUCCUCUCCACCCUGCUCUGCAGCUUCUCUGGGUCAGGAAGAUAGUGAAGCGAGCAGUGGGGAGACCGUGGAGGGACCAGCUACUGAGGAUGAAGCACUGAGACUGUGGGGGCCAGAAGAGCCAGCAGCCCUGCAGCCCUGCUCUGCCGAGUCCUCUCUCUCGGGGCUGCAGCCCACAGAGCCUCCACCGUUGGAUGACGUCAACUCUGACGACUCCGACGAGAUUGUCGUCGCUCCAUCUCUGCCGACGAGGAAAAGCGCCCCCCCACCCUAGGCCCCUGAUCUGCCCUCACUUGGUGGUGAUGCUCUGCCCGAGGGAGGUUCGGGUGAAGAGGAUAUACUAACUAAAAUGGAAAGUAAUUUAUCCUGUUAGGAAAAGAGCAGUACCUACUCAGCACCUCAACGUCUUCACCAGUUUUCUCUUUGGUUUUCUGAGUUUGUUUGUUUCAGGAAUCCUGAAUGCCUUUAUUUUAUCUUUGGGAAGGGCCAGUGGUCACAUCGUUCCCUCUUCUCUGCUGCAUUUCACGCGGUGGUUUUCAGUGCCAGAGAGACACAGCUGCCGGGCAUUGAGGGGCCGCCCGGGAGCCCUGCAGAGACACGUUCUCUUAUAGCAACUUAUGGGCCUGCCUUCGGCCCUGGCCUGGGGCGAGCUGCGUAUCAGGGGCCAGCACUGACAUCACCACCUCCCUCCAAGUCCUUGUCGACAGCUUCUCCAACCAGGAUUUGCUCUAAUCUCAGCCCAGUAGGUCAAGCUAGAACGCCAUGCUGUACCUUUUGGAAGAGUGUGAGAUGAGACAGGCCUGCAAUGGAGCAGGCCAUCUCCCUCAUCCCCAUGACAAGUGCAGCCGUUUCAAAAGCUAAUGAGUCGCUGAAGACAUCAGGGUCCCAAAAUGAGUUGGUGUUCCUCAGGCUCCUCCCUCCUGCCCCUCACCACACAGACCUUUCCUCUGUCAUCUUCUCUACCCCCCAGGUGCUGUCCCCAAGAGCUGCCAUUCCUGGGAAGGAGUCUGGUGGAAGUUUGUCACUGGGUGGAUUAAGUGUUAAAAAAAAUACCGAAUUAUAUAGUCACAGAAGCGGCACCAAGUUUGCUUUCGGAAAGUGCAGCAGGGCAGGCUGUUCCCCCAGCCCAGCUGGGGGUCCCUCCAGGGCAGGAGAGGGAGGAGAGCAGAGAGAACAGGGUCUCAGGGCAGUCCCCAACCCAUCUGUGUGCAGGCCCCUCUGCAGGCCACAGCUCCACAGGACGUGGGGCCCAGCAGAGCCCGUGGCCCCAUUUGUUUGGCAUAGAGUCCCUUUCAGAGGCUCAGUCCUAGAGCUUUGUUUGUUGUGGGAUCAGCCAUUGCUGGUGGGUAACAACGAGCCUUGGGCUAGGGUGGAAUUUCAAGGGCUCCUAGACCCCGUGGACCCCAGGUCAGGCGUCUGACUCUCCUCCACGCACCCUGUCAAGACAGACAGUGCGUCUCAGGAGAGAGCUGGCGUUAGAGAGCGCUUUCUUAGCCUGAGCUGAGGGUUUACCCCUAGAAUCUAGGGAUUAGACUGUCCCCACCCAGCCCAACAGAACACCCAAAAACCCCUGCAGUGUGCUGGCCCUGCUGAUGUCGAACUGCAGGGAGAUUCCACUAAGACUUGUUUGUCUUCAGGAAGCCCGGGCCCUCCUCACAGUGGUCAGACUUCUGGCUGCAGCACCGGCGAGGCGUGUGGCAGGGAGAGGCUCUGUAGUGGCCACCCGUUGGAGGGUAAGGGGUCUCCCCAGCCCAGCCUCGUCCACCAGAGUCACUGGGACCCGCCUGCCCCUUCCUCCACUUGGGCUCUGUUCAUACAGGGGCCCUGGCUUGUUGAGUUUCUUUUUUACUUGGUCUGUGGGCUGCCAGAUCAGUUUUCUUUUUUGUCUUCUCCACUGGACUGAUUGUAACUUGACUGGACCUGUUGCUGACCCCCGCCUUGUUGCAUCCACUGGGUCAGCUCCCUGGUGACCAGACCCAUCCUUCCCUGGGUGCCGGGCUCAGAGCUGGAGGUCUGCAGGUGCCCGUCUACCCGUGAAGCCCCAGAGGGUGCAGGAGGCCACGCCCGCAGGCCUGCGCUUUCCCAGGGGUGCCCCUCCCGCCCCCCAUUCAGAACACGGCCUUUCUGCACUACUCUUCCCUCAGAGGAGCAGGAGCCCAGGAGCUCAGCGUCACAGUGCGGAGGGCGGACAGACCACCACCAGGACGCCCCUGCCUGGCUGGAGGAGGCUCUGUGUGCUGUCCACCAGGCCUGUGCACCCUGACCUGUAGGGGCCUGGCCAGCAACAGAGCUGAGAAGGGCAAGAUCAGCCCGUGGACUUGACUUUCCCAAGAAAAUGCCCUGAGAAUUGUAAAUAUGUACAUUUGUCUGCCUGUGCUCCUUGGGUUGUUGGCCUAUUAAAAGCAAACAGUCUUAAGCUACCU